UCAUACUACUUCUGUAGUUUAUUUUUCAAAAGUGCUUAUAAGUUUUAUGAGAAGAGAAUGUUCUUUAGGCUCCAUCAUGAGCCAUGUGUUUCUUGAUUUACUUUAAACCAUUACUAAUAACUUUUUUAAAGCUGGGUCACAUUGCCAGCGUUGUGUUGGACAGAUUUGUGCUGUGGUGUUUAUGUGAAAGAGAGAGAGAGAGAGAGAGAGACAAGUGAGAGGACGUGCUACGCGAAUGGUAAGUUUUAUAUCCAACUUUCUUCGACCCCCUAUCAAAGCCAUACCAGAACAGUCGGCUCCAGUUGGGAGCCCCUGCCUGUAAGUGACCAUGCACUUCGCUUUGUAGCGACAGCUAAUAAAUAGGUCGCCUUUCUACAACUGCCUCCCUGUGUUAGCCCUGUACUGGCCUUCUCUUAUCUCUGUUCACCAGCCACCAUCUACAUCUGCUGAAGACAACACAUGACAAUGAUGCCUGAUGUGACAUGCCAGGACAGCGAACUGCUGAGAAGGCAAAUAAAAAGAUCUCUGACCUUAAGGAGAACAUCCGUUGGCUCUCAGAUGAACUGCAGAGGAAGGACUCUCUGCUGACCAGCUUCUCGGCCCGUCUCCCACUCAUUUCCAGCUUCAUGAUAGCAGAGCACUCAAAAAAACAGGAUUUACCUACGCAGACGAGCCUUGUACGGAGGGACGGGGAGAUGAUGUGGCCACGAUCUACAGAAAGGACAUCAAAAUAACCACCAUCUCCACCCCUGCUGUUCUGCCUUUUGAACAUCUCACCUUCAAACUCUCUGGUCCCACUCUGCUUCUCACACCCAUCCUCUACCGCUCCCCAAGCCAAACCCCACCUUUCUCUCCGACUUCUCUCAUUUCCUGACCCAGCUCUCUGCCAUAUCACCCACUGUCCUCCUCCUUGGAGACUUUAAUUUCCACAUUGACAACACCAACUGCAAAUCCGCCACUGAAUUUAUGGAACUGUUACACUGCUUCAACUACACACAGCACAUCAACUUCCCCACCCAUUCCCAUGGUCACAUCCUCGACCUGGUCUGCUCCACUGCUCUCACAUUAAAUCAUAUUUCCAGCAUUAACCUCCACAUCUCAGACCAUCUUGCAAUCAUAAUGGACAUUAAUAUCCCCAUUCCCACCUCAAAAGUGCAGUGCAAAAUCUCAUUCAGAAACCUCAAGCUCAUGAUCUUGUGGACUACUACAACCACACUCUCUCCUCCUGUCUCGACCUGCUGGCUCCACUUAUAACCAAAACCAUCUCCUUCACAAACCCUGGUACACUCCUGAACUUCACAAAAAUGAAAUCCCGCAAGCAUCAACUGGAAAGACUCUACAACAAAACCGGCUUAACAGUUCACCUUCACGCAUACACAGACUACCUUCCCCAAUACAUAAACGCUCUCAACACUGUCCGGUCCACCUUUCACUCACACCUUCAGAACUGUCACAAUUCACCACAAAAAUGAACAACUCCACCUGCAGCUUAGACCCCAUCCCAUCAUCCCUAAUCAAGACCUGCCUUCCAUCCAUCACCCCACUCAUCCUCAAAAUCAUUAAUUCCUCCCUCACAUCUGGAUCAGUCCCCACAACACUCAAAGUUGCAGCUGUCAUCCCCAUCCUCCAGAAACCUGGUCUCAACCCCGACAUCAUGUCCAAUUUCUGACCCAUCUCCAAUCUCCCCUUCCUAUCAAAAAUCCUAGAACAUGUUGUCGCUGCUCAAAUUCAAACCCACCUCACCACUAAUAACCUGUUCAAACCACUUCAAUCUGGAUUCCGCUCACAACACAGUACUGAAACAGCCCUCCUCAAAAUAACCAAUGACCUCCUCCUCUCUGCCGACUCCGGUCACCUCACCAUCCUAAUUAUGUUCGACCUCACUGCCUUUGACACCAUCAACCACUCCACUCUUCUCUCCCGACUGGAAACCUACUCCAAUAUUACCGGCACUGCACUCUCUCUGCUCCUACCUCACUAACAGACAACAGUUCAUCAACAUCAAUAACUGCACCUCCUCCACUGCUCCUUUUUCACAAGGCGUCCCCCAAGGUUCGGUGCUUGGUCCCCUCCUGUUCAUCAUUUACAUCCUGUCACUCGGUUACAUCAUACGUAGAUAUGGUCUCAACUUCCACUGCUAUGCCGAUGACGUCCAGAUUUACAUCUCCACCGAAUCCAUCACGACAGUUACCUCUCUGCUACCAACUCUGACCAACUGCCUCACCGACAUACAAACCUGGAUGCAAACCAACUUCUUACAACUCAAUUACAAUAAAUCUGACACGAUCAUCAUCGGCCCCAAAUCACUCACAAAAAACACCAACAACUUCAGCCUUUCCAUCAACAACUCCACCUUGUAUCCAUCCCCACACAUCCGCAACCUCGUCUUUGACAGCAACCUCACUUUUGAACACUACAUCAACCAUGUCACCAGGACUGCCUUCUUUCACCUCAAAAACAGUGCUCGUCUCCGCCCAUCACUCACCUUCUCUGCUGCUGAAACCCUGAUCCACGCCUUCAUUACAUCCAGAAUUGACUACUGCAAUAGCAUCCUCUAUGGUUCACCUGCGAAAGCCCAAAAUAAACUUCAGUAUAUACAAAACUCUGCUGCCCGCCUUCUCACCACCACACGCACCCGUGACAAUAUUACCCUCGUCCUCCAGAAUCUUCACCUGCUCCCUGUUCCCCAACGCAUUCCGUACAAAAUCCUUCUCCUCACACAUAAAGCCCUCCAUAACAAGGCCCCUUCCUACCUCACAGACCUGCUCUACCACCACAAUCCCUCCUGCAACCUCUGCUCCUCUGACAUUAACCUCCUCUCACCUCAAAUCAGGACCAAGCACCGCACCUGGGGCAACAGAGCUUUCACCAUUGCAGCCCCCCUCCUCUUCGAGAUUGCAGCGACAUAGACUCUUUCAAAUCAAAUCAAAACCCACCUUUUUAGACUAGCUUUUAACAUCAAAUAAUGUUAUAUACACCU